AAAGAAAAUAAAGAAGAAACAGCUGACAGACAAAAUGGCUGUGGGACAAAGCUAGAAGCUUGGCUAAUGUAAACAUCCAUCAACAGUAGACUGGAGCUGGAGCGACGAUAGCGUUACUCGAUACCCGUUUGACAUUGCGAAUGAGAGUUUCCACCAACAGUCUUCCUAACUUUGGUGAAGGAUGACGAGCCAGCGGCGUGGGAUCCAUCUGGACCAAUCAGAGCUGCUUUGCAAAAAAGGAUGUGGUUUUUAUGGCAACACUGGCUGGCAGGGCCUGUGCUCGAAGUGCUGGCGAGAGGAGAAUCAGCGAGAAAAGCAAAAACAGAUUCAAGAGGACUGGGCACUUGCUGAGAGGCUGCAGAAAGAGGAAGAGGAAGCCUACGCAAGCAGACAUCAGAAGGCCCAAUCGCAGCCCACCAUCACACCCUUCAGCAAGUUUGAGGAAAGAAAAACGAAGGAAAAGUCCCGCAAAGUCAACACAGUCACAAAGUUUUUUACUCCUUCCACAAAAACACCAUCGAAAAAAGAUGCUUUUGAGGCUCAGUCCAGCCCGAGCCCCAGCUCCUCCACAAGCCGGCAUUCCUCUGUGGACAGUGACCAUGCGACGCGAGAGUUCAUUGAUUUUCUCAAGCCUCUGAAGUCUGGCAGGGAGAUCUUCAAGCAGUGCCGGGCCUUCACUGAGAGCAUGGUCUAUAAGCGGGACAUGGCUGCUGAUGAGCUGUCAGAGUGUGUGCAGGACUUCUACCAGAAUCUCUCAGACCGCCUCCACACCCAGUUCAAAGGUUCGUCCGAACAUGUAGAGAGCGUUAUGGAUGAAGUAGAAAAGUACAUGAUGACUCGUCUCUACAAGGAAGUCUUCUGUCCUGAGACCACAGACGAUGAGAAGAAAGACCUGGCCAUUCAGAAGAGAAUCAGAGCCUUGCAUUGGGUCACCAUUGAGAUGCUGUGUGUUCCUGUAGAUGAGGAGAUCGCUGAGGUGUCAGACAAUGUAGUCAAAGCCAUCACAGAUGUGAUUGAAAUGGAUUCAAAGUGCGUGCCCAAGGAGAAGCUGGCAUGCAUCACUCUUUGCAGCAAGCACAUCUUCAACGCCAUCAAAAUCACCAAAAAAGAGGCUGCGUCUGCGGACGACUUCCUCCCGACGCUCAUCUACAUUGUGCUGAAGGCAAACCCACCGCGACUGCAGUCCAACAUCCAGUAUAUCACCCGCUUCAGCAACCCCAGCAGACUCAUGACUGGAGAGGACGGUUACUACUUCACUAAUCUGUGCUGUGCAGUGGCCUUCAUCGAGAAGCUGGACGGUCAGUCUCUGAACCUCAGCGCUGAGGAGUUUGAGCUCUACAUGUCGGGCCAGGUGUCCCCCCAACGCCCACAGUCCACUGGAGCUUCUUCCUGCUCCCCGGGCAGCUCGGCUCUCGGUCAGGUCCACGAGCGGCUGGACCUGCUAGCGGGGCUAGGGGAAAGGCAGGAGCAGGUCAUGGAGAAGGCUCGCCAGCUGGAGAGCGACCUCAUCGACUGGUCGGACGAUGUGGAGCAGAAGGUGCAGAGCGUUCUGGAGAGCUUUCCGCCGGAGACGCAAGACCCGACUGCAACCACAGCUAGCGGGACGACUCCUGCAGCAUCAUCAGCAAUCGACUCUGACAACGUUGAGAAUGAGCACCUGCCCCCACCUCUGCAACCGCAAGUGUUUGCUGGUUGACGUAAAGAGCUCUGCUCAAAAAAUAACAUUCCUCUAGAUGCUUUAAUCCCCCAGAUGCUUUAAUCCCCCCCCCCCCGUUCCAUGCUGUUAAACACAGCAGCCGCCUCAUAUGGACCUCAUCUCCACUCUGGCCUCCAUCCAUCGUCCAAGAGGCCCUGAAAUUACACUAAACAGUAACAAAGCUAUUGAAGUAAAGGAAUAGUCUGGCAUUUUGGAAAGCACGCUUUCUUGCAGAGAGUUGGAUGCAAAGAUCAAUAACCUCUCAUGUCUGUACGGUAAAUAUGAAGCUUAAUGCAAAGGAGCAGACUGACUCCACUCCAAGUUCUUCCCGAACACAUCCGUUGGUCUCCCACAAUGACAUCAUCAGUACCUCAGUACUUCUUUAUCGUUGUUAUUGUCGUUACAUUUAUGCAGCCGGGAUAUAUGGUUGGAUGUGCUAUUUAAACAUAUUUCUGUCAUGACUCCACAAAGUUUUUGUUUUUUAUAUAUAUAUAUAUA